UCGUGCGGGAGCCGGACCGCUUCAUUCAACCCCGUAGGAGAAGCGGACGGGAGCGGUCUGCGUGUGGAUCCUUCUCCGCGGCGUUGGGGUGGGGGGAGGGCUACAUGUACUGAAACAUGUCUGGGGAAAAGGCGACGAGUCCCUGUAACAAAUUUCAAGCCAACAUUUUUAAUAAAAGUAAGUGCCAGAACUGCUUCAAGUCCCGGGAGCUGCAUCUCCUCAACGACCAUGACAAGGAGCAGGCUAAACCAGUCUACGGGGGCUGGCUGUGUUUGGCUCCUGAGGGGACAGACUUUGACAACCCAAUGCAGAGGUCAAGGAAAUGGCAGCGGCGCUUCUUUAUUCUGUACGAACACGGCAGCCUGAGCUUCGCCCUGGACGAACUGCCGAGCACUUUGCCACAGGGGACGGUGAACAUGAAUCUGUGUACAGACAUCACGGACGCUGAGCCCAGGACGGGCCAGAGAAAUGCGCUCUGCAUCGUCACGCCGGAGCAGGAAAUAUUCAUCCGUGGUGACAAUAAAGAGAUCAUUAAUGGGUGGAGUGAACAGCUUGCAGUGUAUCUACGGACCAAUAUGCAAAAUCAGAAGAAAAAACGCAAAGUGGAACCUGUUGCCACCCAGGAACCCAGUCCAGCAAAGAUGGCUGCAACUGACCCGGCAGACUCUAGCUGUGGUCGGUGGCAGGAAGACCAGCAGGGCAGGGGACCGGAUGUGACCCCCAUCUGGACUGUCACAGACACGGAUCACCCGGGCCCGGAGCCGACCCCUGCAGGCAACACCUCCGCCUACCUGUGCCCGGUCUCCAGGGACUCUCCGGCCUUGGACGGCGCCGGCAGUUUCGGGAGCCCAGUAUUGGACUUGGGAGCCAAUGGAAACACCGACCCUGGCAUUAACAGCCAGCUGGCUGAAUCAAACAACAUCCAAACAUCAGCGGACUACAAGAACCAGAGCCAGGACAGAAGCCAUGGUAGAACGGCAGAGAGGAUUCCGGGAUUGGAGGCCACCGAGAAAGAGCAGGGAGGGGGGGCGGCCGUUUCAAGGAAGGGCAGGAGUGAGGCUCGCACCAGCAAGCGAGAGAAACUUGAGUCAUGCGGAGACAAGGCCCAGCUCAGCGCUCCCCCCCCUCAGAGAAGAGCCAAAUCUCUGGACCGCAGGGCGUCAGACACUGUCAUGACGCCAGAUUUAUUAAACUUCAAGAAAGGCUGGAUGGUGAAAUUGGAUGAAAAUGACCAGUGGAAGAAAUACUGGUUUGUGCUGUCGACUGACAGUCUGAGAUACUACAAGGACUCAGUAACUGAGGAGGCUUCAGAUCUUGAAGGAGAAAUCGACCUAACAAAGUGUUAUAAUGUGUCUGAGUACCAGGUGCAGAGGAACUACGGCUUUCAGAUCCACACCCCGAAAGCUGUCUACACAUUGUCAGCCAUGACUGCAGGGAUACGCAAGAACUGGAUCCAGUCUCUGAUGAAAAACGUACAUCCAGCUAACGCUCCAGAUGUGGCCAGUUUACCUGGCCACCACGUUCCCUGCAGCCCACCUGAAGCCCUCCCCAAACCAGAUGUGACUCAGGACUCUUCCUCCACUGACGUCACCACAGAGAGAGAGCCUCGCCCCAAACCCAGGAGUGUGAUGGACAGACGGCGACAGGGACGCUACAAAACCUUCGACUGGGCUGAGUUUAGACCUAAGACCGAGCCAACACUGGAGACGGAUCCUCAAAGGACUAAAUCGCCAUGCUCACUGGAGUUGGGCGACCUGGAGAGGAGGAGGAGGCGGGAGGAGAGGAGGAGGAGGUAUGAGAGCAUGCUGGGCUUCCCUCUGAGUUGGGAAGAGACUGGAGACAAGACAGAGGAUGGCGGUGUGAGAGCACUGAGUCCAAAAUCUCAGCAAAAAGUGGAAGAAGAGAUAGAAGAGUGCUGGAGGCAGGUGGAGAACACUGUGUUCAGACUGGAGAGGACGGUCCCACUGUUUACUGAAGCCAGAGACACUGUUGAGAUGGAGACGCUGAUUGACAGCUACAGGAAGGGGGUUGAGGAUCUGAAGGUUCAGCUGGAAGAGUCGGAGCGUCACAGACUGGAGCUAGAAGCUCAGCUGAGUCCAGUAGGUUAUCAUCAGCGGCAGGUCCCAUCGCUGGACCCUCCACUAGGUUCUGAAGCAGAUUUUUGCCCAUCGGACACAAACGAAAAGCUGUCAAACAGCCAAACCCAGAGCCUGAAACAUGUAUACGAAGGGACAAGAGAGCUCUUACAGCAGCAGAACAUGAUCGGAGAGGAAACGCAGGAGCAGCUCGGCCUUGAACCACCUUCGUUAACACUUCCGACACCCAACAUCUGGUUGCAUGAUACAGAGGGCAGUUUCCAAGAAUUGGGAGAUUUCUUUCCUGAGAGUGAGGCCACACCUUUACUUUCACCUGCAUCAGACAGCCAACACAUACUGUCUCAGGGCGAUGGACAGAUUAUAGGACUAAACUUUGAUGGCACAACAACCGACCACCAGAAGCAGCUGGACAUAGAAGGCAGUCAGCCAUUUCCCAACUCAGAAACAAAAAUAAAUAACAGUGACUAUAGCUCAAAUUCAUUAAUUUUGGAGAAGCCUGCAGAGGUAGAUGACAGCCCACUCAACUGUCUCGUAGAGCAGCACAUACCUCCAGACCAGGCGGUGGUGAGGAGGCUUUCCCAAGAGGUGAAGCUGCUUGCCAGCCAGAACGAGGCUCUCAACCAACGCAACCAGGAGAUGCUAAACCAACUGACAGAGGCAGACCGUGAGAUAGAGAGGCUGAAAGCGGAGCUCAGCAGCAGGUACACUGAGCCUCAUCACCUUCCAGAAGUGGAACAACAGGGAAAGAUGAGCGCAGAAGAUCUGGAGGGGGAGCUGAGCUUGAGGAAGCAAGAGCUCCUGGAGGCCCAGACGUUGAUCAGGUCUCUGGAGGAAACUCUGAGGGAGACGGAGGCGCUGCUGCAGCCCAACGUCCCGGUGGAGGAAGAAGAAAAAGGACAGGAGAAAAAUGAGCAGAAAGCAGAGGGGUAUCUGCUGCGGUGUUUCGAGGCUACUGAGGCUAAGCUGACGCAGCUGGAGAGGCAGCUCGAUCAAUCAGAAAUAAACUGCAGGGAACUGCUGGUGCAAAACGCAGAGCUGAAGGAGGCUGAGAAACUUCACCAUCAGAGAGCUACAGAGGCGGAGGCUGACAUCAGGAGGCUGAAGCAGGAGUUAGAGAAGGAGAGGUUAAAUGAAGAAAAGAGAUGUGUUUCUGGUGAAGAAAGGAUCCAGCAAGUGAUAGAGGGGGCGGUCGUGAGGUUGGAAGCUUUGGCGAAAUUACUGGAAGUGAUUGACAAGUUUGGUUUUGGAAAAGAAAGUGAGCAUGAGGAGAAGAUGCCUGCAGUGGUGAGUCAGCUGAAGAGGGAGGAAGGGUUCUGGAGUUUGCUCCUCAACGGACUGCGAGCCAGCUCCUCGCAGUCACAUGAGGAGAAAUCUGUAGAAGUGCUUCUUAGCGAGGUGACGGAACAUAUGAUUUUAGAGAGAGAAAUGCUGCUUCUAGGCCAUGGUCUACUUUCUGAGUUAGAUUCAUGCACAGAUGAGGGAAGGGAAGGUUUGAAAGAUCUGGAUAUUAUUUGGAGUACUGCAAGUGUGACAGCGACAGAAACCAAAAAGAUCGAUGAAAGCAAGAUAUUUGAUUCUAAUAACCAGCCGUGCAACGUUGAACACUUCAGAGCGAUCGCACAGAUGAAAAUUUCUUUGCUAAACUACGUGGCCACCUCUGUCAGCACCUCUGCCCCCGAAAAACUCCAGCUGGUUGCAGACAGACUUAGCGAUUCUCACGUUUCAGAACAUCCUUGGUUUGGCUUCCUUCACUCUGCAGCCACUGAAGCACUGUACUGCUAUCAUCUAAGCUGGCUUCAGUCGAAAUGUGAGAAGGAGGUUGAAGAAACCAAACAGAAACUGCUCACUUCUUCUCUUAACUGCAGCAACUGUGUCAAACUGAUGGAAGAAAACAGGGAGCUAAAGGCAAGAUUGUCGAACCUAGAAGAGCAACAAGCAUCCUCAUGGGGAGAUAGGAUGAACAUGAGUUGUCAGACAGAAGAGACCUUCCCACAGGACACAGAUGCAGAGCAUCAGAUAACAAAAGAAAGUACUGCAGAUGAAAUUCGGGAAGAAAAUGCAAAACAGAAACCUGAAACACCAGAAGAAGAGAUGGUUGAGCCCCCGCUCAACUGUAUCGAAAUCCCACUGGUGGGAAUCCAGGAGGUGUCGGAUGAAAACUUAGAGGAGAGCGAUGAAUCCCAGCAGGAAGCAGGUCCAAACCUGGAGCUGGAGCAAGUUUUAGUGCUGAGAAGAAGAGUGAAGGAGCUGGAGGAGCUGCUGGUUGUCACUGUGGAGGAGAUGAAAGAAGAGUUUGAUAGGAAAAUGAGUUCUGUUCAGAUGCAACACGAGAAGGAGAUGGAAAAGCUGAAGGUCACAUGUGAGCUUGGGUUUUCCUCCAUGGAGGAGUCUCAUCUCAAGGUCGUGGAGGAGCUGCAGCGUCGCUACCAACAGGAGUUGGAGCGCCUCCUGGUGGAGAGAGACCAACUGCUGGAGGAGGAGAGUGCUGCAACUGCAACUGCGAUCGAAGCCAUCAAGAACGCCCACCGUCUGGAGCUGGAGAGGGAGGCGCAGAGGAGAUGUCAGUCAGAAAACAGCCGCGGAAACACAGUCCUGGAAGACAUAUACACACAACACAGUGAGGAGCUGGCCUCCUACCAGCGGGAGCUGGAGGUUCUGUCCCGGCAGUUCUCUCUGAAGUGUCUGGAGAAUGGACAUCUUGUCCAGGCUCUGGACGCAGAGAGGAAGGCCUUGUGUCAGUGCCAGCAGGAAAACCAGGACCUGAGGACCAGAAACCAGGAGUUGAGCGGUCACCUGGCAGCAGAGAUCACCAGACUGUGUUCGAUGGCCAAACAGGACGACCUGCCGCUCAGUCAGGGAAUGUGCGUCUACGAGAUGGAGAUCACCCUGCGAGUGAAGGAGUCGGAGGUGCAGUGUCUGAAGCAGGAGAUCACGUCUCUCAAGGAUGAACUUCAGUCAGCACAGAGGGACAAGAGGAACGCAACAAAGAAGUACAAGGACAUGUACACGGAGCUGAGCAUCCUGAGAGCCAAGACGGAGAAAGAGAUGGACGACUUGAGAGAAAACCUGAGGCUGGCUCAUCAGGCUCUGGACCAGACUUCACCGUGAAUCCAUUACGUUGUCUUCGCUGUAACAUAAAGUACUUUACCCUCAAGAAGUGUAUUUAAAACAAAAUAUAUAUAAUGAAUCCAGGAACUCUUAUCCACAAUCUGACUUCACACUCGUUUUGGUUGUGAUCUCUCAGUUUCUCAGUUUUGGAGAUAAAGAAUUUCAUGUCAGUCAUUUCAGUCUGCAACAAGCAAUUAGAUUAAUUCCUCCUGUGAUGAAUGUGUCCAACUUAUAUUUAAAUGUUUGUUCAUUAAUGUUGUCUUUAAAUAAAUUGACCAAAUACCACCAUAAAAAUACACGGUUGUUUUGUGUGUUGUAUGUACAGUAUUUUAUCUGUGCAGUCGUGUUGUUAUACUUUAAUCUGAUCUGCACAGUUACAUGUUUUAUCAGAUAUGUGAGUUGUUUUCCAGCCUCCCACCCCUGCUGUAUGUCUCCUUGUUAAACUGUAUUUUUAAGCAAUUAAAUAUGUUAAAUUAAACACAUUUACAAACAUUUCUGGCAGGUGACUUUACUGGCAGGUAGAUCUGUCACAUACGAACUGUAAUUUAUAUUUGUACACUGCAGCUUUAUUAAUAUAAAUUGACUUUUUUUUUUUUGUAU